UUUGGCAGUGUUGAGCACAUCACGUUCAAAUCACAGCCACUUUCCCCUUUACGUUUUCGACUAUCCAAAUUUACUGUCACACAGUUUAUGUGGCCUCCUCUCCCUCUCCCUCACCCAUAUAUACUUUUUUUUUAAACUCCAAAUUUGUUAAAGUCGUUACACCUCCACUCACCUCUCUCCUCUCUUCCCCUAUGCCUCGUCUUCAAAACCACCUCCACUGAAAACCACCGGAUCAUCACAAUCCCAUGAAUUCCGUUUCUGUCACUUGCACGUGCCCCGCUCCCUUUCCCGCCAAGCAUCUCAGCUCCGCCGGAGCUCGUACUUUUCCCGGUCAGAGAUAUGGACCGUCGGGAGUGUUUGAUUACAGGCGAAGAGUCCGAAGAGGCGGGAGGAGAUUCCGAGUUUCGAAUGCCGCCGCGGUCGGAACAAGGCGGAGGUUGGUGUCGUCCGGCGGCGGCGGCGAGAUCAGUCUCGGCAAGUCUAGCGCCGCCAUGGAGCAGCUCGACUUCGAGCGCGGGGUUUGCGUGCCGUUUCGCAAGUAUACUCCCGAGACUGUGAGGAAUAAGGUGUUGGAAUCAAAUGGCGCAGUUGCAUCGCUAAUUUCGAGAGGUGUGGAGAUAGUGUGGACUUUGGGCUGGUAUUGGUCUACUUUGAUGUAUGACUGCUUCGUCGGAAGGGAUCAAGAAGUUGUACCAAAGCGUGCUCGACAGCUUAGAAAUCUCCUAUGUGAUUUGGGGCCUUCUUUCAUCAAAGCUGGCCAGGUUCUUGCAAACAGACCUGAUAUUAUCAGAGAAGAUUACAUGAACGAACUCUGCAUUCUCCAAGAUGAUGUUCCUCCGUUCCCAAAUCAGGUCGCCUUCAACAUAAUUGAAGAGGAGUUGGGUCAACCCCUUGAAGCUAUAUUCAGUAAAAUUUCGCCACAGACUAUAGCAGCUGCCAGUUUGGGUCAAGUUUACCGAGAUUUACGUGACACUGGCGAGGAUGUAGCUAUUAAGGUUCAAAGGCCACAUAUAGAACCUAUAAUACAUAGGGAUCUUUUUCUGUUCCGUACUCUUGCUUCAUUCUUAAAUGGAAUCAGUCUACAGAAACUUGGGUGCAAUGCUGAACUCAUUGUUGAUGAAUUCGGUGAGAAGCUUUUGGAGGAGCUUGAUUACACUCUGGAAGCCCGCAAUAUUGAAGAUUUUCUUGAGAACUUCAAAGAUGAUCCUACUGUCAAGAUACCUGAGGUUUACAAACAGCUUUCUGGUCCACGUGUUUUAGUAAUGGAGUGGAUCGAUGGUAUCCGGUGCACCAACCCACAGGCAAUUAGAGAAGCUGGCAUUGAUGUAAAUGGGUUCUUAACUGUUGGAGUCAGUGCUGCGUUGCGGCAGUUACUGGAAUUUGGAUUGUUCCAUGGAGAUCCACAUCCUGGAAAUGUGUUUGCUAUGUGUGAUGGACGUAUUGGAUAUGUUGACUUUGGGAAUGUCGCGGUGCUUAGUCAGCAAAAUAAACAGAUUUUGAUUGAUGCUGUCGUCCAUGCCGUAAAUGAAGACUACGUUGAGAUGGCGAAUGAUUUCACCAGGCUGGGAUUCUUGGCUCCUGGGACUGAUGUCUCUCCUAUUGUGCCAGCUCUAGAAGCAAUCUGGCAGAACUCUCUUGGAAAAGGACUGUCUGACUUCAAUUUUCGAAGUGUCACUGGGAAGUUUAAUGAAUUAGUCUACAACUAUCCCAUCCGUAUUCCAGAGAGUUUUUCACUUGUUAUCCGAUCUUUAUUGACUCAAGAGGGUAUCUGUUUUACUUUGCAGCGAGAUUUCAAAUUUCUUGAGGUUGCCUAUCCAUAUGUGGCAAAACGCCUCCUAACAGAUCCAAACCCGGCUCUGCGUGAACGCCUCAUACAAGUACUAUUUAAGGAUGGUGUUUUCCAAUGGAAGCGGCUAGAAAAUCUCAUUGUUCUUUCCAAAGAAAAUGUGUCCAUGAUGAGCAGCAAUCCUGCAUUGCAAGCAAAACAAAUUCAAGGGUUAAGAGAUUUGCAAGUUAACAAGAAACUGGACCUCACUGACACCAUCAAGGAUGGAGCUCGCCUUUUCAUCUUUGAUGAAGGAAUCCGUAGAAAGCUCAUUCUAGCUUUGACGGAAGAUUCAAAGCUUCACAUAGAAGAGCUUGUGGAUGUGUAUAGACUGGUCGAAGAUCAGAUAGACAUACAAACAGUUGCUGUCGAAGUAGCACGAGACUUCCCAUCGUUUGUGCGGGAUAUGAUGCUUUCGUGGAGUGACUCGGUCUUAACUGAUAGAUAGUUGGACGUUUUGGAGUAACUGGAGAGAGAGAGAACUUACUAUACACUACUGAAUACACUACCGAAGUACCGAACCAAUCUUAACCCCUAUUCUUGUAAGUAUAAAAAAAAAACCUAUUCUUGUACGACAACCGGUUGUCUGAAGUUGUAAAUUGCUCUGCAAAUGUUGUAAAUGAGAGUACUAUGCCUCUGUAGUCUGUAUAGAACCAAACAUUUUGGUAUAGCAAGUACGUGCAAUUUGUAUGUAUUGCCAAACAUUUUGGUAUAGCAAGUACGUGCAAUUUGGUAUAGCCAGAAAGGGAUCUCCUUAUGCUGAAGAAAGAAAAAGGGUGUUCUGUAAGAAUGUAAUUCCGAUAUAUCAUAUAUGAUGCAAACUU